AUGUCUUUUCCUGACUUAUCUGCUGGUAAUUUUCCGCAAAUGUAUCCUUUCGACGUUCAAGGCGAUGCAGCAACCCCAGAAAACCAGAUUGCCGCGCUUCCUCCACCAACUCAUAUAUACAAUAUACCUAGUCAUCUUCGAGAACUUGUUACUCUUGAUAUAUCUGUUAUCCAACAUCGAAACAGCACUACAAACAAUCUUCGUGAAUUGUUGAAGUGUUUUCAUCAUGAUACGAUCCCUAGAAUUCGCCUUCAAACCAAGCUUCAACUUGUCGACUCAUUCCUCUACUAUGUGGUUCCUAUCCUUCGUUCACCACACGUUUUUGAUAAAGACCGCGGAAUCAUCUACUCCUUUGAUGUUCCUUACCAAAUCGAGUUGCAGCAAGAGCCAGAGCCUGAGGCCAACAAUGCUGGUAACGGUGGAUUGAAUCAGGGUGAAGCCCAUGCUGCGGCUUAG